AUGGAAGGAGAGAUUUACAACUUCUUCAAGGUAUGCAUCACAGCUUUGAUGUCUCUGUGCUAUUGCUACAUAGUGGGCAGGAUCAUCCCAAAAGGCACUAGAAGGCUCUUACCGAUUCUUCCCGUCGUGGCUCUCUUUCUUUAUCUUCCUCUCAAUCUAUCAGCUGUGAAUCUUAUAGGCCAAACUAGCUUCAUCAUUUCAUGGCUUGGCAACUCCAAGCUCCUCCUCUUUGCCUUUGGCAAAGGGCCUUUAUCUUCAGAUCCUCCAAUCUCUCUUCCACGCUUCUUGGCAAUUGCUUGCUUACCCAUCAAGAUCCAACGGACGCCCCUUAAGAAAUCAUCACAGAGGACACAGAACACCAAAGAUCACACACGCUCACCUCAAAAUGGCCAUUAUAAAGAAAACCCACUUCCUCAAAAUCCUGAAAACAUUAGAUCCAAAACCAUCUUGCUGCUGAACUAUCCCACAAAAGCUUUGCUUUUUGUGAUGCUAUUACGUGUAUACGACUACGGCGACCAUUUCCAUCCAAACCUGAUCUUGUUAAUCUACUGCUGCCACCUAUACCUUGCCCUUGAUCUGAUCUUAUCAUCCAUACAAGCCACAGCUCGAGCAGCCUUUGGGAUGGAGCUGGAGCCGCAGUUCCGUGAGCCGUACCUCUCGUCUUCACUUCAAGACUUCUGGGGGAAGCGGUGGAACCUCAUGGUCACCAACAUCCUGCGAGUGACCAUAUAUGAACCAGUCCACUAUGCCGCGUCGGCGGCAAUCGGGCGCAAGUGGGCGGCGCUGCCAGCAGUGAUGGCCUCCUUCCUGGUAUCUGGGCUCAUGCACGAGCUGAUGUUUUUCUACAUGGGGCGCGUGAAGCCUACUUGGGAGGUCAUGUGGUUUUUCGUGCUCCACGGAGCAUGUUUGGUGAUCGAGGUGGUGGUGAAAAGGAAGUGUGGCGCGAAGUGGCGGUUGCCGAGGGUUUUGACGGGUCUGAUGACGGUCACCUUCGUGAUGGUGACCGCAUCUUGGCUGUUUUUUCCACAGCUUCUGAGGGAUGGAGUCGUCAAGAAGGCGUUGGAAGAGUAUGCAGCUGCAGGCGAGUUUCUUAAGGAUGUCGGUCGAGCUGUGAUGUCUUGGAUUUUGUAG